GCGGCGACUCCCCUCCCACCCGCCACAAAGUUUAGCAGCGGGAACUCGCGCGGCGGCGGCGGCGGCGGCGGCAGUGCGCGGCGGCGGCGGAGCGGAGCGGAGCGGAGCGGGGCCGCGCCGGGCCGGGCCAUGCGGGGCUGCCCCGCGGCGGGCAGCGGCGCCCCAUGCAGCGGGGCCGGCCGGGCGGCGGCUGACACCAUGUGCGCCCGGCGCGCGCGGCCAGGGGCGGGCAGGGGCAGCCAUGGGGCCGGGGCCGGGGCCGGGGCCGGGGGGCGCUAGGGGCCCCCCCGCCCGCCGCCUGCUCUGCAUGUGCAGCCUCUCGCUCUGCCUCACCUACGCCUGCUACAGCCUGAUGGGGGGCGGCCCGGCCGCGCUGCGCGCCCCGCUCCGCCUGCGCGGCUCCCCGCCGCCCCGCGCCCCGCGCCCCGCGCCCCACAACGCCUCGGCGCCCGCCGCACCCCGCAGCGCGCCCGCGGCACCCUCCGCCCCUGCCGCCGCCGCCUGGCUGCGCGCCCCGCUCGCCCCGGGCGAGGCCAUCGCGGCGCAGGGCGGCGCGGCCGAGCGCGACGCGCAGGAGUCCAGCACCACGGACGAGGAGCUGAGCCGCCCCGGCCCCGGCCCCGGCCCCGGCCCCAGCGCCACGCCGGACUACGGGGAGCGGCGCCUGCCGCAGGCGCUCAUCGUGGGCGUGAAGAAGGGCGGCACGCGGGCGCUGCUGGAGGCCGUGCGGGCGCACCCGCAGGUCCGCGCCGUGGGCACCGAGCCGCACUUCUUCGACCGCCACUACGACAAGGGGCUGCACUGGUACCGCAGCGUGAUGCCCAAGACGCUGGAGGGGCAGAUAACGAUGGAGAAAACCCCCAGCUACUUUGUGACCAACGAGGCCCCGAAACGCAUCCACUCCAUGGCCAAGGACACCAAGCUGAUCGUGGUGGUGCGCAACCCGGUGACCAGGGCCAUCUCGGACUACACGCAGACCCUCUCCAAGAAGCCCGACAUCCCCACCUUCGAGGUGCUGGCCUUCAAGAACCGGACCCUGGGGCUGAUCGACGCCUCCUGGAGCGCCAUCCGCAUCGGGAUCUACGCGCUGCACCUAGAGAACUGGCUCCAGUACUUCCCCCUGUCCCAGAUCCUCUUCGUGAGCGGCGAGCGGCUCAUCAUCGACCCCGCCGGCGAGAUGGCCAAGGUCCAGGACUUCCUGGGCCUCAAAAGGCUGGUGACGGAGAAACACUUUUAUUUCAAUAAAACCAAGGGGUUCCCUUGCUUGAAGAAGCCGGAGGACGGCAGUCCGCCCCGGUGCCUGGGCAAGUCCAAGGGUCGAACUCACCCCAAAAUAGACCCCGACGUCAUCCACAGACUGCGGAAGUUUUACAAACCGUUCAACGUCAUGUUCUACCAAAUGACGGGGCAGGAUUUCCAGUGGGAGCAGGAAGGAAGUGACAAGUGAAGGCGGGAGGGCGGGCGGGAGAGCCCCUCUGCUCUCGAGGGGACCGCCGUCAGCGGCUCAGACUCGCGCGUGGCAGGGCCGGGCCCCACCUUUCCGUCCGGGCUCUCCCUUCCCCUCGUGCUGCCGUUUGCGGGGGGCCAGGCGGCACAGCUGGAGGGGGGGUCCUGAGCCCUGCCCGCGCCAGCAGAGCCCGACAGGGACCAGGCAAGGCAGUAGGUCUCGUCCUCUCCGCACUGCUCCGGUUUUCCCUCGCUAGCUGCUAGAGACCUGGUAUUUCGUGGCACGCACCCGGUCACACGCGCACACUUGGGCGGGGGGCAAGCCAAGGGAUGGCAAGAAGAAGCUUCACCUCCAUUGCACAUUGCACUAAUUAGCACACUAUUUACCAAGUGCCACGACACCCUGGGCCCGAUCCUGCGCUUGCUGCUGGCGGUAACACCGGUGGUGCCGUGGCUUCGCGUCACUCCGGUGUGCAGGGAGCUCAGACUCGGGGCCUCCCCGGGCGCCUGGCAAUGGCCCUUAGACAAGCUGGCCCUGGCACUUAUGGGGCCUGAGACUGGGGUGGUUUCCUGGGGUCCCAUCCCGGGAGAGGCUGUCCGUGCCGCGGGCGGGGAGGGCGCUAGCACCGUGCUGCGGAGCCCGCGGCCCCUGCGGCCCCCCUGGCAGCCAGGCCAGCGGCCUGACUCCGAAGCAGGAUUUCCAGGUGGCAGCCGAGGCUGCUGUUGCUGGUGCAGCCGUGGAAAUGAGCUCUCGGUCCAGAAGGACCCCCUGCCAGAUAAGACCUUGUCACAGCAGCUGGCGAGCUGUGCAAAGCCCCCGUGCCGCUCCAGCUUUCAAAGAUGCCGAGCAGCUGCGAAUGCUGCGGGAGUCUCUGUGGCCUGCCCGUGCCUGGCACCUUUGAAAAGCGGGACCCUGCGGCACGGUGAAACGCUCUUCAUCUCGGCUUCAAAACCUGCAGCAGAAAGGGAAUUCGUUUCCAGCGGGAGCGCAGCGAGCUCGCGGCCCUGCACAGAUCUGCGCGUGCAGGGGGCAGCGAUCAAGCGGCACGCUCAGGCAGAGGCGCAAACCCAGGCGGAGGAUGUCAAACAAGCCCCGAGCACAGCUGGAACCGCGGCCGUGCCCGCGUGAGCCGCGCGCCCCUCUCCGCGCAGAGCAACACAGGCGUGCAACACAGCUGCCCGUUUUCCACGCCGGCUGCCGAGCCAGAGCCCGUGGCGGCAGGAACAAAAGGCAAACACGGUGUUAGCUUGAGGGAGCCCUCCCCUCCUCCGGGUGAUUUCAACAGCAAACAACCUCGAUGUCUAGGGGUCCUUUUUAUUUCCCUUUUAUUUCAUUUCCCACGGAGCGGCAGCAGGGCAUCCCGGGGGGGCCGUGCACGCUAUUUGUUUAAGCCGCAGCGCUCCUUGGAGAGUCUGCCUUCGCCGCUGUUUGAGAGCAGCACGCGCAGCAGGAGACAGCGCGCGCAUCCGUGGCCAGGCCAGCCCCGCGCUGCGCCGGGCAGCACGAAGCCCGUGUGGGUCCAAGUACCCGGGAAAGCGCUGUCAAGCCAGGCAACGAGCUGAACCUGCUCUGGGUUUCACGGCCUGUCGUGUGGUUCGUUACACCAGAAGGCGCCGCUCGUGCUCGGGGUUGUAUAAGGAACGAGCUAAACUCAUUUGUCAAAUGGAGACCGCGGGCCGGGUUCGAGGAGUGUCACAUUAGUUCGCACGGCAGCGAGUGCCAGGUUGCAUUAGCCUGAUUAGCUUUAAAAGCAGCUUCUGACAUUAGACGCGUCUUCACAGACCUGCGGAUCCAGAACGGACUCCGUGAAGAUUGGAAAUACGUCGCAGGGGCAGGCAACUUGAAAUGGCUUCGUGCGAUAUUAAAGUGUCAUUGCUGCUGCUAAGCAGAAGCCGUGUUGUUCUGCAGGGCAACGCAGGGCGAUUCAUGGGCUCGGAGGGGAGGUCGGGGCUUCUCCCGCGGCCCCCAAGGGACGCCCAGGACUUCGUUUCGUUUGCCUGUGAAGCCUCUUUCUCCUUCUUGGUUCAGUCCUGCCAAGGGCUGAGUCCCUCCCUGGGAUCUGCGUUAUCCUCCAGCCCCAGGGAAGACUUGGGGCCGGCGACACCGGGUCUGUCUGCACCUCCCCGGGUCGAGGCCUCCCAACCAGGGGCCAUGACCGGGCUUGGAGAAGGCUGGCGGCAGCUGCCACGAGGCCACAUGGCGAGGCCUGAGCUCGGGCAGCAGAGAUGCCCCCGGUCCUGGCCGGCCGCCUCGCAGGAGGAGCCGUCUGUUGAUGUCGAAGCCCCGGCAAGGGCGCCCAUCUCACCCCAGCCAUGUUCGUGGCCCCUCCUGGCACCCCGACCGCACCCGGGGUGGCGCAGCUAGUGGCAUUGAAUUACCCGCCGCCAACUCGCCCGUGCUCUUUCCACGGGGCCUUUUCCCAGAGAGCAAAGAGCUUUGAGAGAUCCCCGCCGGCAUGUCGUGACCCACCUGCCGCGGGCCUGGGGCUGGGCAGGGGAAGCAGCUCCCGCUCGCCCCCAGACGAAGCACCGUGGCCCGGCCGAGCGGUGCCGCUGGAUUCAGGUGCUGAGCCAGGUCCCUUCCCCGCGAUCCGGGGGCAGCUCGCAGCGCUGCCAGGCUGAGCGCCCCGAGCCAGGCUCCCACGUGUGACUGUGGGCCCCCACCAGGCCACGCUGCCCUGCUCGCCCCGUCCCUACAGGUUUCUUUUCGAUGCGGGCACCGUCCCGGACCCCGGGAGGAGACGCCGAGCACCGGGUGGAGAAGAGACUGCUGGCCCCUCCGCAGCCCCCGGGCCCGCGGCUGCCCCCCGCCUCAGCCUGGCUUGCGAGCGGUCCCUUUGCUGCGUGCCCCACCGCGCCCGCGCACCCAGCUACAUGUGUCUGCAUUUGUAAUGUGCUAAUUUGACAGAGGAAUUAUUUUCUAUCUGGUGAGAGCGCGAGCAACCUGCUGCGAGAGAGUUGGGUUAAUAACUUUCCUUUUCUUUUUUUUUUUACUAUUUAAAUGUCAGCGUUACAACACACAGGAAAUUGAAUUUUUGUAUUUGAUUUCAAUUAGCAAAGCAUAAAUUAUAUUUAAUUUUAUACACACAGACUGGAUGAUUCAUUGUGCUGGAAAAUCUGGUACUUUAUGGUUCAGAGACUGGAAAUGGAGAAUUCGUUCUCCCGAAACCAAACCGCCGAGCUGCGCCCUCCUCCAACUCGUCUCUGUGUGUCGCCCUGCACCUGACGGCAGAACUUGAACCCACGGCACUGAAUAAUAAACCGUUGUAGCAGC